AUGGAAUCAGCUGCACAGGAUGCAAAAAAAGAGACAGCCGUGUUCAAUGGGAAUGUGAAGGAAGUCGAGACUGACCCGGCUACCCAAACGGAGCAGUGCAGAAGACCCGUUAUUGAUGCCACUGGAGGGUUCACUAUCACUGCUGGAUUCGAGACUGCUUUGGCUUGCGAUCUUUUGGUUGCUUCCAAAAAUGCUAAGUUCAUGGAUACUCGUGUGGGGCAAAGUGGCAGCAGCAGUAACAAAAGUAGCAGUGGAAGUGAGCAAGUGGAGCAGUGUCCGCAGUGCAAUGCAAAGUUCUCUUCAGUUACAUCUCUAGUUGAUCAUGUGGAGAGGGUCCAUGAAAGGACUGGUGUUCUGAAGGUGACACUCGAUGUCUGCCCCAAAUGUAGUAGAGGUUUUCGUGAUCCAGUGUCCCUUGUGGAGCAUCUUGAGAGGGACCAUGGAGGCACUUCCAAAGCUUAA